AGAUAGCCGACAGCGAGAAACACGCGACGAACGGAGGGAACGAACGGACCGAACGUUCGUCGGUUGUUCGGCUCGACACGGAGGCUCGUUUCGACGACGGCUGGUGGGAUUUGUGUGUUGUUCCUCAAAUAUAGUAAUAUUAUUACGGGAAAUACAUGUCGGUGAUGUCGUUAAAAAACCACUCAGUCAGUGCAUCGAUCGUCGUGUUGAUUACGUGCUAAUUGUAACAAAUAUGUAAAAAAAAAAGAAAAAGAAAAACAACAAAAGAAAGAAAAGAAAAGAUAGGAAAGAAAAACGACUAGUCAAGUGCUUAGGAUCCAGUUUUUUUUAAAAUUUUUUUAUUUUUUUUCACCUUCUUUCGUUCUAAAGGUAAUAGUUUAAUUGAAAAUAGAUAAAUCAGAUAGUUCGAAAUAGUAAAUGAUAUAAAAAAUGUAAACUGUGCGGUGCUUCUAUACGAAAUGGCCAUUUUUACGCCGGCUAGUGCCCAAAGGAACUACUACCACCACCACCGCCACCGAUAUCACCACACCAACACAAGCAGCUAGGUGUGCCCGCUUGGUUUUCUGGAUACAACGAGGGAUCGCCUGCACGCACACGAUCUCACGGAGGCAAUGAUACGGCAGCUGCUGUCGCAAGGAGCGGAUACAAGACACGAGGCCGGGAGCUGGUCUCUUUUUUGAGAGAAUUUAUAUGAGAAAACAAGCACUCGCAAAAUAAUAAAAAUAGAAAAUCCGCGAGAGAAAUUAGAGAGUGAAACGAAGUAUCGGAUAACAUUUGUUUCCCAGAAGGUAAAAAUAUCGUAUAACGAACGUGAAAAUAAACGAAGAAACGAACGAAUGGCGGAAAAGAACAAAAAGGAAUACAACGACAUGAUAACAACAACAACGCCGGUACUACGGUAGCGCCGGGAAGGGAGAAAGAGGAAGAAAGGGAAGAAAGAAAGAAAGAAAGAAGUAAGAAAAGGAAGAAGAGGAGAGAGAAAAAGAGAGAGAGAGUGAGAAGAGCCGCGACGACGGAGGGAAGAACGGAGAGUGGCGGCGGUAGCGUUGCAGCGCGGCGACGAGGCUCGAGUCGCGGGCGCCUAAACCGAAUCGUAAAUUCCAACGGAAGCGGAAGCCGUCGAAGCGAUAGAGAGUCGAGGAUUAAAUCAGAGGAGUGAUGUGUCCGAUGGACGCCGCGUGUAGGGCGGGCGGAGGUUGCUGCAGGGGCUACACCGCGACUCUGAACGAGACAAAGUUUCGCAGGAGCGAGGUUGCGUGUUCGGUGACCACCAGGCUGGCGGGUACAGGGGCAGCGGUUUCAAGGGCAUGGCGACCACGCCAAUAGGCGGUCGCCUCCCUAACCCGAUUCGCAAAGGCUCGACAGGACCGACGGCCGCAUCUUCUACGGACGAUAGAUCGGCGACGAGCCUCCGUAGGAGCAGCAGGGACCUGCAGGUCGGCCGUGAAAGAGGCGGUGGCGGAGGCGGCGAACGCAGGCAUCAACCCGCGCGGGGCACAGUGGCCGCGAUUCUCGAGCAAGGGGACGAGCACGAGGACGACGACGACGAGGACGACGACGACGGCGGCGGUGAGGAGGAGGAGGAGGAGGAGGAGGAGGAUCGGGAGGUCCGAGUCGGAGUCGAAGUUCGGCCGGACUUGAAGAACACGGCAGCAGCGGCGGGAGACGCGGCCGCCGCUAACAGCAACAACUUUGAGUACGACGACAACGAGUGGGACAUCGGUAUCGGGGAUCUGAUAAUCGACCUGGAUGCUGACAUCGAGAAAACGAGGGACGAGAAACUGAGCCUGGGGACAGGCAUGGCCUCGACGCCUGCCUCGGCCACGACGAACAAUCCUGCUAACAAUCAGAGCAUCGCAAACGGCCCGGGCGGCGCGAACUCGUGCAACAACGUCGUCUUGAACGUGAACUCUGUUAACUCGGUGAACUCGUCAUCUUCCGCAUCGUCGUCUUCCAAUUCCUGCGGCAGUAAUUCGAGCUCCUGUAACUCGGGAGCAUCCGGAAACACUUGCGGCAGCGGCAGCGGCGGAAGCGGAGGAGGAGGAGGAGGAGGUGGAGGAUCUACCGCCGGUGGCGUACUCCAGCAGAUAUCCUGCAGCAACGGCAACGGCGUGAACGGUUCGUCGGCUGCAUUGAACACGGUGAGCACCGGUAUAUCGUCGGUAGUGGCGAGUUCCGGUAAGCCCUGCGGGCCGAAUGCUGCGGGUCAUACCGCCGUCGGCAAUACGACCAAAAUGGCUGUUGAACACUCGGCCACGGUGGACAAGGGCCUCAAGAUGAAAAUAAAACGCACCAAGCCAGGGACGAAGACGAGCGAAGCCAAGCACGAGAUCGUCAAGUCCAACGAAUUGAACGGUAACGCGUCGGCUCAGGACGCCGUGGCGCAAUUGACCGGUCAGAAUUCGCAGGGCGGUAACGGGGGUAACAAUAACGGGAGUAACGGGGGGAGCGGAAGCGGGGCGAGUUCGGCAAACGAUUCCUCGUCUUCGUCCUCGGCCUCGAACUCCUCGUCGGGAUCCACGGGUUCGAACAAGUCCAAGUCGUCCCACCUUUCCGCAUCCGUCGCAACGCCAUCGAGCACGUCGACGGCAUCGAAGCGGGGAUCGAGCGGACACAGACGCGACAAGGCUCGCGACAAACACGAGAAACCCCAGGGAUCGUCUUCUUCCUCUUCGUCUUCUUCGUCGUCUCACGGUGGCGCGAAUCAACAGUCGAAGCCCGAGAUGAACGGAAACGCGCGAUCCGGAAACCAGAGUCAAGCCUCGGCGAGUUCUCAGGGCCCGACGCCCGCCGCCGCGGCGCCCCAGCAGCCCCCGCAGUCCUCGCAAACGGCGAACUCGAGGACCGGAUUCCCCGUCAAUUCCCAGGGUCCCAGCCCCCCGGCCACUAGCGCCGCCGCCCCCUGCCCUCCCCCGAGUCCGGCUAGCGCGACGGCCGCCGGAUCCGCGGCUAAACCCGAACAGACCAAAGUCGCCGCGGUUCCGGGACCCGCGAUCGCCGUGCCCCCCGAGGACUCUUCCGACACCGCGACGAGUCCACCCCCGGCGAAGAAAUUCAAGACCUCCAAUUCCACCCCGGAACCAAAGGACAUGUCUGACGUCUGCGUGGGGACCAGCGUGGGCACAAUCACGGAGCCCGAAUGCCUGGGGCCCUGCGAGCCCGGGACUUCGGUCACCCUCGAGGGCAUUGUCUGGCACGAGACUGAAGGAGCAGGUGUAUUGGUCGUGAAUGUGACGUGGAGGGGCAAGACCUACGUGGGUACGCUCCUGGACUGCACCCGACACGAUUGGGCCCCACCGCGAUUCUGUGAUUCGCCGACGAGCGACUUGGACGCGAGGACGCCGAAGGGUCGCGGCAAACGAGGCCGAGCUGCGGCGAACUCGACGCCAGGAAACGACCUGAGCAACUUCACAGAGACCCGCAGCUCCGUUCAUAGCAAAUUGCGAAACGGUGGUGCGAAAGGACGCCGCGGCGCCCAAGGAUCCCCUGCGGCCAGCCCCAGCCCUGCGGCCUUCGUGCCGCCCCGACCUGACCCCGCGGCGAAGCGGAAAUCACGGGGUCCGGAAGAGGAGGAGAAAAACAAGCGGCGAGCACCCCCGCCGACGCCGCCUAGCGGCUCACCACCCGCGAGUCCGGUUCUCCUUGAGUGCCCCGAACCGAACUGCAGCAAGAAGUACAAACACAUAAACGGACUCAAGUAUCACCAGAGCCAUGCCCACGGGUCGGCCGACGACGACGAUACCAAGGAGGCUAUCACCAGCAUGUCGGAGAACGACGAGAGCAAUAUCGAGGCCCCGAGUCCGGCUACCCCGGUCAAGUCUCCGGCCGACAAACCGGAGGGCACCCCUCUCAGAGCGAGCAGUCCCCCGACCGCCGCGAUGCCCCCGGAAACGCCACCACCCCCACCUCGGGUGCCAUCGCCUGGCAUCGAAUCCGCGACCCCGGUAAUGCCCGAGAAGAGCAUCGUCAAGCCGGGCGUCCUCAGGUUCGGCCAAGACGAUCUUCCCGCGCCUGUUUCGACGGCUCCACCUCCACGGCCCGUUCAGCAACAGACGCAGCAACCCCUAAACGCCCCGCAAAGCCCAAGCUCGCAUCCGAGCCAAUCUCCGAGGCCCGUACCUUCGCCCCACCCCGGCACGAAUAUGCCCCAAACGUUGAACAUUCCCCAGCCACCCCAGCCGACGCAAGUACAACAACAACAACAACAACAACACCAGUCGCAAAAUCCGCUGCUUCAGCAGCAGCAACCGCUCCAGAGUCAACAACAGCAAAUACAACAACCUGGUCAGCAGUUAUCCGCACAACAGCAGCAACAACAGCAACAGCAACAGCAACAACAAAUGCAACCUGCCCACCAAAUGCAACCGGUACAGCAUCCCGGGCAGGUUCAACUCGGUCAGCCACCACCGCCUCAGCACUCUGCGCCACAACCGGGAAUGCAGCAGCCUCAGGGAGUGCAGAAUCUCUCGAGCCAACAUCCCGGUCUUCAGAGUCUGGGCAGCCAGGUCGCUCAGCAGCAAGGCCUCCAGGCCCCGAGCCCUGCCCACCCCGGACAACAGAUGCAGUCGCAUUUGCAGCCCUACCCGGGUGUCGGUAUUCAUCCGAAAAUGCCCCAGUUCAAGGUCAAGCCUACGGCUGCCCUCAUGCCCGAGCAAGACAAGAGCAAGGAUCCACGCACACCGAAGCCGCAGGGGUACAAAAAGAAGUCGAGGAAAUCCCCGGGUGGCAGCCCGCAUCCGUCGCCUCUGGAAGCGCCGGUCGUCGACUCGUCAAGGGAGGACGUUCAGAGUCCCGCUUACUCGGACAUAUCGGACGACGCUGCGCCUGUCCUCGAGGCUGAGUCCGCCGACAAGGUUAAACAGUGUCAGGACGUAAAGGACGUCAAGCCGGGAGCCCAGAGUCAUCUGCCGCCCCACUUCAGCAUGUAUCCAUACUACAACCAGCCUCCGUACCUCGUGCCCAGUGUGCAGGACAAGUCCGGCGAUCAGAAACCGAGCGAUUUGACGCCCAAGCAGGAAGUCAAGCCGUUGAACAUACCGCAGAUGCCUUCCAUGACGAGCAUGCAGAGCCAGGUUGAGAAAGAGAAGAAGGAAUUGAAUCCACCGCCUCAACAGCAGCCUCAUUAUUACGCCGGGUACGGUGCUUACGCUGGGUAUCCUUACCAGCCCCAGGCGGUUGCGCAGCAGCAGAGUCAACCGAUUGAUCAAGACCCUCACGAGCAGAAACCCAAGAUCAAACAGGAGCCGCAGCAGCAACAGCAGCAGCAGCAGCAACAGCAACAACAACAACAACAACAACAACAACAACAACAGCAGCUGCAACAGCAAUCGAGCCUGAAGGACAAACAGCAUGAGAAUCACCAGAUCCUUAAAGAAAGUAUAGAAAUGAAGAGCCAGAUGAGUCCGUACCACGUCUAUCACAGUUCCCAAGGUCAGAGAGGACCACCCCCGGGACCCGUGCAGGACGAUCGAAGGUACUAUCUGUAUCCGGGUGAACAGAGGCGGAAAGACGACGGGCCGAAACAGAGCCAGCAAGCUAAACCCCCGCCACCGAGUCCGAAGCAUCUACCGAAACAGGAGAAACCGCAGGACCUCGGGAAGUCGGAGGAUGUGAAGAACAAGCAGGAGGGUGUCAAGCCCACGAUGGAGACCCAGGGACCCCCGCCUCCCCCGACCUCACAGUACGCCUACAUUCACCCGAGUUACAUGCAACCCCAGCAUUACCCUCAGCUCGGAUUCGACACAGGUCACCCCGUCUACAGGGGGCUUAGUCCGAUGCUUGUUCCGGCACCGUUCUCGGGGAAUCCUUACCUCCAUCAGUUGCCGAGGUAUCACGCGCCCGAGGAUCUCAGCAGGCCGCCGGGCGGCAAGGCUCUUGACCUUCUUCAGCAUCACGCGAAUCAGUACUACUCAGCGCACAAGAUUCACGAGCUCCAGGAGAGGGCGCUCAAGUCUCCGACCCCAAAAACCUCCGCCGCGUCGUCGAGCCCCUCGUCGACGGGUCCCACGCCUUCGAGGCCCCCCAGCGGGCCCCCGACCUCGGUGGCUGGCCCUGGACCACCCCAAAAUCAGGGCCAGCAGCAGGGAAGCAAACAACAAAAUCAGGGCGGCAAUCAGCAGCAGGGGCCGGGGGACACGGGGGGCGGUAACUCCGGAAAGGAUAACAGGUCGCCGCCACCCCAGAGACACGUUCACACUCAUCACCAUACCCAUGUAGGACUCGGAUAUCCCCUUUUGACGGGGCAGUACUCCGCACCCUACGGAGGUAAGCCUCUUGUCAGACCCUGACAGUAAGGCUCCCGGCGAUCCAAGGCGCACACUCGGUAAAAAAGAAAUAUAAUGAAAUUGAAAAAGCGAACUUUGCAGGCAGGUAUAUAACGUGAGUGAGAAAGAGAGAGAUUUAUUUAGGGAGAAUGUCUCGCGGGUUACUUGGGAUCUGCGGAUCUUUGAUUGUAAAUAAAAGUAAAUACCCGCGAGGCUAUCACAGGCGAGCCGUUUUUCUCUUCAAUUACAUGCAGGAGAACGACACACUUGGUUAGAUAGUAUGUUGAUAUAUAUGAGGACUAUCGAUACAUAAGUACGUCGAUUGCUCGCCCACUAAGCACGUAUCCAUUGCCUAGCUUGCAUGUCAACGCCAUUAGGAAUCGUCGGAGAGAGCCACGCUUUAAACCAGAAGCCAUAAUAUGUUACAAUUUAUGCAUCGGAAUUUUCGUCACUAUACGAACGCUCGGCUAUUACCACUUCGAUGUGAUGCCGAUGAAACGCGGUUCUUUUUUAUACCCCGUUUCUUUAUUUUAUUUUAUUUUAUUUUAUUUUAUUUUUCCCCCUUUGGGUUCGUUAUUAGCGCAUUAUAUUUUCGUUCGAUCAAACCUGUUUCAAACUAAACGGACGGACGAGCGAACGAACGAUGAUGAAUAUCAUCAUCGUCAUUAUUAUUUUCAAUACUAGCAGAAGACUUGACGAAGCAACGUAACUGAACAAGUUAUCGGCCCAAGCACCGAAUACCGUAGUGCACCAUAUUGGUGCGUGUCGACGAAUUGAAAAUGAAUUAAAAGAUGUAACGUUGUAUCAGUUCCUUCGUGUGAGUGUGAAUGAAAGAGAAUGAACGUGCAGAGAGAUACGGUGAGAAUGAGUGAGCAAACGAAUCAUGUGUGUGUGUAAGGAGACGUUGUUCGAGGCAAAAGUUUGCUGUAACUGUAUUAAAACGUUGGACCGAGA